AUGACAAAGCGGGUCCUCGUUACGGGUGCUUCAGGUCUCUUUGGGAGAGCCAUUUACAAGGAAUUCCUCAGGGAUGACUCCUGGGAAACAUUGGGUCUCGCUUUCAGUCGAGCUAAAGAUAAACUAAAGAAGGUGGACAUCACUGAUGAAAGCCAAGUAAAAGAAGUCAUCAACUCCUUCAAACCGUCAGUAAUAAUCCACAGUGCUGCAGAGAGGAAACCUGAUGCAGUGGAAAAUGACCCUGAGGGCACCAAGAACCUUAAUCUGUCUGCCACAGAGUACAUCUGUCAGGCUGCAAAGAGCAUUGGUGCCUGGGUCCUGUAUAUUAGCACAGACUAUGUAUUUGAUGGGACGUUCCCUCCUUAUGAAGAGGAUGCCAAGCCUAACCCUCUCAAUAAGUACGGACAGAGUAAACUAGAUGGUGAAAAAAUUGCACUACAAGCAUCUUCAGAUAACUCUGUACUGCGAGUACCGAUCCUGUAUGGGGAUAUUGAGUAUCUCUCUGAAAGUGCCGUCACAGUACUGUUUGAGAAGAUCAUGGCAGGAUCUGAAUUAAUAGCAUCUGAUUAUGAGAAGAGAUACCCCACCCACUGUGGUGACAUAGCUGAUGCUAUUAGACAGUUAGCAGACAAAAGGCUACAGAAUCCUGAGAAAGUGUGUGGUGUGUUUCACUGGUCAUCUAAAGAGGAGAUGACUAAAUAUGACAUGUCUGUUGCCAUGGCCUCUGCAUUCUCACUGAGCACAGAGAACAUAAAACCUGACAGAAGCCCAUCCAAGGGGGCGCCCCGCCCUUACAACACCCACCUCUCUUGUAAGAGAAUGGAAGCUCUGGUCUCAGGGAGGAGGACACCAUUCUCUGAGGGCAUCAAGGCAGUCCUACAGCCUUACUUUAAAAAAUAGAAGCAACUCAGAGCCAAAAUGCUUGACUUUUAAUUUAUUUAUGCUGCUGGGGUGGUUUUAAUAUUUAUUGGGUAAAAUCAUGUUUAUCAUUUUGAACAUUUCAUUCUUUUUGUUAACAAUCAUUGUAUGACUUGGCCUAUGAAAAUAUUUUAAGGGUUAAAAAAUGUAUAG